GUUUGAAACCCUGAUGUUCAAUUACUUUACAUGUAAGUAACAGCCUCGUUGCUUUUAAUUCCUUGUACACUUGUUGCACACACUACGUACCAUACCUCCUCGGCCUGAAGUCAUCGAAUGCAAGGAGUGGCCAGCAAUGCAGCUCAUGCUUGUAGUAUCGAUUUUUGCGCAAGGUCUCGGACUGGACCAUGUCUGGGUUCUACUCUGAGGUCUGUGUCACCGGAGGCGAGAAUAUGCCGCGAGACGGACCUGUGAUCAUUGCCGCGACCCAUCAUAACGAAAUUAUCGAUAUAGCUGCGUUAUCGGCGACGAUCCCAUAUCGUCGUAGGGUAUGCUACUGGGCCAAGUCCUCUCUCUUCAAGAAUCCCGUAUCCGGUGUCCUGCUCACUUCCUCAGGAAGCAUCCCUGUCUACCGUAACCCCAACAGCUUCUCAUCGUCGAAUCCUCUGAACAGCAGCAGCAGCAGCGCUUCGCAAGCAGACCUGUUUCGUCACACCUCCGCUGCUCUUGUAGCUGGCGAGGUAAUCGGUGUAUUCCCUGAGGGAACGUCGUACACGGAGCCCGGAAUCGUGCAAGUGAAGGACGGCGCAGCGUGGGCUGCGGUGGAGUACGCUAAAGUCAUAAAUAUGUCCGGGAAGGAAGGCAAGGAGUUGGUCAUUGUCCCUGCGGCGAUAGUCUAUACGGAUAAAUCCAAGUAUCAGAGCAGGGUCUGUGUCAGAUACGGAAAACCAAUAGUAGUUAGCGAAUACGCAGCAAAACUGGAUCCGGAGAGUGCUGAGAGCACACGUUCUGUGGUCAAAGAGAUCACUGCUGUGAUCGAGUCAGAGCUCAGGCACUUGACUGUGAAUGCUCCUGACUGGAAAACAUUGCAUGCGGCUUGUGCAGCAAGGAAGGUGUCUUGGAAGAACGAGGAUCGCAUCGCACUUCAUAGCUUUGUGGAUACCACUCAAAGGUUUGUCAAGACCUUUUCGCCAAGAAGUGAAUCAAUGGAAGUACGGAAGGCCGUUUUGAAUAGAUACCUAGCGCUUCUGCACUUCACCGACACUUCUCAUUCAACGCUGGAAGACCUCUACCCUUCUGUUAAGCACGAUGAAGACUUUCCUAUGCAACCCCUUCUUUGGCCGUCUCGUAUACGCGCUGGUGCCACACUCCUGUCGCAACUGUGCAUUAUCAUGUUCCAUCCCCGUGCCCUCCUCUUCUUCCCGGUAUUCCUGGUUCACGUUCCGGGGUAUAUUACCGGCUGGCUCGCCGCACGGAUGCUGACAAUACCGAAUGAAGAAGAGACUAAGGCUCAGUUCAAAGCUAUAUUUGGAGGUCUGGGAUUUGCCUUGUCCUAUGGUUUGCUCACGCGAGCGUGCGUGAAGCUUGCCGUGAAUUUCACCUGUCCAGUCCAUUUCCCAAUUCGCAACGGAAAUCUUACUGUUUUCAUCGAUAAAAUUUUACAGGCGUUCUCGACGCUGUGCAGCUGCCUCACCGCAAGACAGGGGUCGUUGAAGAGUUCGCUUAGUAUUCUCGCCGCAGCAGUUGGGAUGACUUGGUCCCUUUGGAAGUGGCACAAUGCCCUUGUGUAUGUGAACUACAGGCAAUGGAAGCGCUUCCUGACUGCCUUGAGGGUUUUUACGGGCCUCUUGCUCCCUCCAUCUUUUGAUCUACCAGCUGAUCAACUUCCAGCAUAUUCAACGCCACCGCUUCCGGCAGAGAACCCAUAUAUCAAACGACACGUCGUCGAGGACUCGCCCAGAAACAGUACUCCCAUUGGCGAGGUAGGACGCACGGUGACUCAAUCUUCUUUCCAGAAUGCCGAGCACAUGAGCCCUGGUGUACAAGGUCCAUCAAUCCCCGCGAGGAAACUCAUACGACACCUAUUCCUCGCUCGUUCUGCGGCCUACCGUGCACUUCGGUCUUCGGAUGAACGGGGGUGAAGCAAAGAAAAGGCGAUGUUCAUGGAUUUUAAUACGUUUAGCGUUUAGUAAUUUUUGUUCGUCUAAUUUAUUUGCCUUGACGGGACUCCAUGGAACGUUGGACCGGGCACGGACUGCAAGGGGAAACCCCAGGCCAAGCCUGUCAGGUGGGAGGUGGCGGCUCUAUCUGUCGAGAGGACAGACUACGACAUGCGGAGGACUAUCGACGACCAGGACCCACGGCACCUCGUGUUAGACCUUCCUGCUACAACGGUCACCCUACAAAUUGGAAGCAUAGUGUUGAAGAUUAUAACGAGUGUAAUUGGUAUGCUUUACCAGUAAAUUGUGUUCGUUGUCGUGGUCCCGACGCCAGGCACGGGCGACUCAAACACCUAUGACUUACUUCACGG